CUCAUUCUCAUUCGGGGCAUCGACGUGUAUAUGUCUUACUUCGUUUUCUCCGUCUUUCUGGGAGACGGACAAAUGUUUCUUGAUCUGCCCACCCAACUCAUCCCCAACCAACCUUGCUUUAAACUCCAAUCUCUCCAUGUCUCUUCUUCCAUUCUGAGCCUCUGACCUCUCUCUCUCUCUCUCUCUCUCUCUCUCUCUCUCUUCCAUGGCAAUUCUGGCCCCGACCUCCUCCCUUUCAAAAGACUCGUACUCAUUCUCGUUACAUAUUCAAUCAUCCACAAUCUUUGGUUCUAAGCUCAAAUCAGGGGAAUUUCAGCAGACCCGUUUCAGGUUAUUCAGUAAUUCCAACAGUUAUCCAGGUUUGACCAUAAAGGCUUCCAGAGACUCCUUAGGGCUGACUCAAGAACUUAAGAGCAACAAACUGGAGAGAGUAGUGGAAACUGAAGAUGGGAGCGAUUUGUUUGAAGAUAUGAAACAUCGGUUUCUUAGCUUCAAAAAGCAUAAAUAUCUGGAAAACUUGGAACACUAUCAAAAUCUUGCAAAGGCUCAAGCACCAAAGUUCUUGGUGAUUGGUUGUGCAGACUCUAGGGUCUGUCCCUCAACCAUUCUGGGAUUCCAGCCAGGAGAAGCAUUUAUGGUGCGCAACAUUGCAAAUUUGGUACCCCCAUUUGAGAGUGGACCCUCAGAAACAAAUGCUGCACUAGAAUUUUCUGUAAAUUCUCUUGAAGUCAAAAACAUAUUGGUUGUUGGUCACAGCUGUUGUGGAGGCAUUCGUGCUCUUAUGAGUAUGAAUGAUGAAGUAGACAAAAGUAGCUUUAUCCAAAGUUGGGUUGUCAAUGGGAAGGAUGCAAGGUUGUGGACAAAGGCUGCUGCCUCCAAGCUCAGCUUUGACCAGCAAUGCAAACACUGUGAGAAGGAAUCAGUCAACCGUUCGUUGUUAAACCUACUCACUUACCCUUGGAUAGAAGAAAAGGUGAAGAAAGGCAUUCUUUCUGUACAUGGUGGUUAUUAUGAUUUUGUUGACUGUACAUUUGAGAAAUGGACACUCGAUUACAAGGAAGACAAUUUGAAAGAGAAAAAUGGCAGAAUCUCAGUUAAAAGUCAUUUACUUUGGAGCUGAAAUUUGUGUCCUGUAGUCUGAAUUUUUCCUCAUAUAUUAUUCUAAGAGAUUUGUGUGACCAUUACUGUAAUAAGACGAUUUGAACAAUAAAAUGUAUUGGGUUAAUGUGUUAUUAAAUUAAACUUUCCUAAGAGCUUCGAUAAAA